UUUGAUUCAGUCGGGUUUAUUCAUUCGAAGGAGUUGAUUGUUUUUUUUUUUGUGUGUUUAUUUUAAAUUUGUAUUAAAUAGUGUUUGUGUUUGUUACACAAUGAAGUUACUUAUUCUCUGGGCGGUCAUUGCCCUCACAGCAUCCGGACAUGCCCGGUCCACGGCGAAACAGCAGCAGGUGACGCCUCACAUCACGUCUUUAUCUGAUAAGGAUGCGAGACUGAAGGCGAGGACUCAUCCAGCGUUCGCCAGCGCGGGUCAGCGAGCUGGACUCGAGCUAUGGAGGAUAGAGAACUUCGAUCCGGUCGCUGUUCCUCAGAAGGAUGUUGGAAAAUUCUAUAAAGGCGAUUCGUACAUCGUUUUAAAGACCACAUCUGACAAACGCAACAAUCUCUCCUGGGACAUACACUACUGGAUCGGCAGCGAAACGAGUCAGGACGAGGCCGGGGCAGCCGCUAUACUGACCGUUGGUUUGGAUGAUAAAUUUGACGGAAAAGCGGUUCAGCACAGAGAAAGCAUGGGUUACGAGAGCGCACAGUUCCUGGGUUACUUUCCUGGUGGGGCCGUCCGUUACGUUGAUGGUGGUCACCAAUCCGGUUUCAACCACGUCGUGACCAACCCUGGAGCCGAGAAGCGACUCUUUCAAGUGAAAGGGAAGAAGAACAUCAGAGUGAGACAGGUCGACCCUCUGAUCUCCUCAAUGAACAAGGGCGAUUGUUUCAUCCUGGACAUCAAUAACGACAUCCUGGUGUACGUCGGGGAGAAGGCGAAGAACGUGGAGAAGCUGAAGGCGACAUCGAUGGCCAACCAAAUAAGAGAUCAGGACCACAACGGAAGAGGAAAGGUUGAGACCAUUGAUCAAUACUCGAGCGAAUCUGAUGUCCAGAAGUUCUUCACGUACCUAGGAUCCGGUAGCAAGGAUUUGGUUCCCGACGAGAGUGCUGGGGGUGACGAUCAGACCUUCGAGAAAAACGAAGAAAAAUCCGUGAUCCUAUCAGAAGUGUCGGACAGCUCCGGCAAGUUGAAGAUAACGCCUCUGACGGCGCCGUUCAGACAGGAACAGCUCAAGCCACAGGAAACAUAUAUUUUGGAUACCGUGAGCGGCAGUAUCUACGUGUGGGUAGGAAAGCAAGCUACACAGAAGGAAAAGACUGAAGCGAUGGCGAAGGCCGAGCAAUAUUUGUCAUCGAAAAAUUAUCCGUCAUGGGUGCACGUAGCGAGGAUACCGCAGGGGACCGAGCCGGCAAUAUUCAAGCAGUACUUCACGACUUGGCGCGACGUCGGCAUGUCCCACAGCCGCCUCGUCAGGUCUGUCGACGACAGAUAUCUACAGAAACUUGAGCCGAGCGCUGUGAAACGUCUUUACGAAGUGAAAAUAGGAUCGAACAACAUUUAUAUUAAAGAAAUGGACGACGUCGAACAGGUGAAUCUGGAGGAAGAUGGAACUUACAUCUUACAGAACGGCGAGAACACCUUCGUCUGGUUCGGAAAGGAGACGCCAAUUACGUACGUGAAGUUAUGGGAGGAUGUUGUAGUUCAAUUUCUUCGUUUCUUCCCACAAGAAAAUACACAAACGUUCAAAGUUGCUAAACAGGGACUCGAACCGGACAACUUUGUCCGGGCUUUCCGGAAAUGGGACCCUUACAUGUGGCAGAAACAAAAUUCGUACGAAAUGAACAGAGAGGAAGUACUCAGGUUCAAUGAAAUCGAGGAUUCGAAAUGAACGCAAGAAAGAAUAUAAAUAAUUUUAUAAUUUGUUUUGUAAUCUUUAUACGCUGUUAAAGUAAUAAAUACUCAUUU